CAAGAAGAACAAGAACAAAAAGAAGAGAAUGAAGAAGAGAUGGACGAAGAGACUAAAAUGAUGCGUUUAAUGGGAUUUGGUGGGUUUGAUACGACCAAGAAUAAGAAAGUACCUGGUACAGAUGUAUCAGGAGCCAAGAUUCGUAAACCAUUGAAAUAUAGACAAUACAUGAACAGAAGAGGAGGAUUCAACAGGUAA